CGACGCGCGAUGGCGGCCGGAGCGGAGGAGGAGGAGGCGACCUGGCGGAGGCGGCGGCUCCGUUCCGGAGACAUGGAGGAGGACGAGGGGCCAGGGGAGGAGGCGCUGCAGCUGAACCUGGGCGAGCUGGACCUGACCUCUGAUGAGUUCAUCUUGGAUGAAGUGGACGUUCACAUCCAGGCCAACUUGGGGGACGCGCUGGUGCGGGAGGCCUUGAAGACGGGCGUGGACCUCCGGCAGUACUCCAAGCAGGUGGAGCGGGAGCUGCAGCAGAUCGAGAACGCAUCCAUCAAGGACUACAUCAAGGAGAGCAAGAACAUCGCCUCGCUGCACACGCAGAUCACGGCCUGCGACGCUGUCCUGGAGCGCAUGGAGGCCAUGCUGAGCUCCUUCCAGUCCGACCUGAGCAGCAUCAGCUGCGAGAUCCAGACCCUGCAGGAGCAGUCGGUGGCCAUGAACGUCCGGCUGCGCAACCGCCAGGCCGUCCGAGGGCGCCUCUCGCAGCUGGUGGACGAGCUGGUGGUGCCCAGCGUCAUGAUCAGCACCAUCCUGGAGACGCCGGUGACCGACCAGGCCUUCCUGGAGCAGCUGCACGAGCUGAACAGCAAGGUCAACGCCGUGAAGGAGCAGGCCUUCCGCGAGACCAUGGCCUGCGGCGACGUGACCGACGUCCUGGACAAGCUCAAGGCCAAGGCAGUGGCCAAGAUCCGGGAGUUCAUCCUGCAGAAGAUCUACUCCUUCCGCAAGCCCAUGACCAACUACCAGAUCCCCCAGAACGCCUUGCUCAAGUACAGGUUCUUCUACCAGUUCCUGCUGGGGCACGAGCGCUCCGUGGCCAAGGAGGUGCGGGACGAGUACCUGGAGACCAUGAGCAAGAUCUACCUCAGCUACUUCAAGUCCUACACCAGCCGCCUCAUGAAGGUGCAGUAUGAGGAAGUGGCCGAGAAGGACGAUCUCAUGGGGGUCGAAGACACGGCCAGAAAGGGCUUCUUCUCCAAGCCAUCGCUCCGCAACCGCAAUACAGUCUUCACGCUGGGCAACCGGGGCAGCGUGAUCGGGGGGGCCGAGCUGGAGGGCCCCAUCAUCGUGCCCCACUCGGCCCAGAAGAGUGACGUCCGGUACCCCUUCGAGUCGCUGUUCCGCAGCCAGCACUACGCCCUGCUGGACAACAGCUGCCGCGAGUACCUCUUCCUCUGCGACUUCUUCCUGGUGACCGGCACCCCCGCCCUGGACCUCUUCAGCGCUGUCAUGGGCAAGACGCUGGCCAUGUUCCUCAAGCACAUGGACGCCUACGUGAGCGACUGCUACGACGGCAUCGCCAUCUUCCUGUGCAUCCACGUCGUCCUGCGUUUCAAGACCAUCAUGGCCAAGCGCAACGUCCCGGCCAUUGACAAGUACUGGGACACCCUGCUGGAGAUGCUGUGGCCGCGCUUCGAGCACAUCCUGAAGCUGAACAUCCAGAGCAUCCAGAACACGGACCCCCAGAAGCUGGGCUUCCUGGACACGCGGCCCCACUACAUCACGCGCCGCUACGCGGAGUUCUCCUCGGCCAUCGUCGGCAUCAACCAGACCAUCCCGCACGACUGCACUCUGGCUCUGCUGGGACAGCUGCAGACCGAGGUGGAGAACUUCGUCCUGCGUGUGGCGGCCGAGUUCUCCUCCCGCCGGGAGCAGCUCAUCUUUCUCAUCAACAACUACGACAUGAUGCUGGGCGUCCUGCUGGAGCGCGCGGUGGAGGAGAGCAAGGAGGUGGAGGGAUUCCAGCAGCUGCUCAGUGCGCGGACCCAGGAGUUCAUUGAGGAGCUGCUGGCCCCCGGCUUCGGGGGCAUGAUUGCCUUUGUGAAGGAGGCCGAGGCGCUGGCGGAGCGGGGCCAGCUGGAGCGCCUGCGUGGGGAGGAAGCCCGGGUGACCCAGCUGGUGCGCGGCUUUGCCGGGACCUGGAAGGCGGCCGUGGAGUCCCUGAGCCAGGACGUCAUGCGCUCCUUCACCAACUUCAAGAACGGCACCUCCAUCAUCCAGGGGGCCCUGACGCAGCUGAUCCAGUACUACCACCGCUUCCACAAGGUGCUGGCGAUGCCGCCGCUGAAGGCGCUGCCGGUGCGCUCGGAGCUGCUCAACAUCCACCACCUCAUGGUCGAGGUGAAGAAGCACAAGCCCAACUUCUGAGGGGGGGGGGCUCGUGCCGGGGGCCCCCCUCGGAGCUGGGGGGCCAGGGGCCAGUGCUGGGGCACGUGCCCCCGUCUGUCUCUGUCUGUCCGUCUGUCCGCUUUCCUGUGUGUCGCUUUGUGCACUCACAAUAAAUCCCUUGCAACCCCGAA